GUGUAAUAUAAGACGUCAAAUUAUUUGGUCAUGUCACCAAAAACAUGUUCAAUGCCUGACAAGGGCUCCAUGUAAUUCAGUGAAAAUGUAGGUAGACGUGCUAGUGAUUGUUACAACUGCUCACCAACUGCGGUCACAGUAAAGAAUUUAAUGCAAUGCAGCCCGGAGUGGUGAAAAUCGCCGACGAAAAUGAUUUCAAUAUGCUGCGAACAUUAAUGGAUGACCACACGGACUGGAGACUGAAAUACUACAAACAGACGGAGGCGCACAUGAAAAUCUGGACGAAACCAACAAACACGUGCAAUUUCAGAAUGGUGAAAGUACACGCAUUUUUUCCAGGUGUUCGACCGAACACGGUUUUCGACGUCCUGCACGAUCCCGCAUACAGGAAGUUUUGGGACGAACAUAUGAUAGACUCCAAGGAUAUAGGUUACUUGAAUCCAACGAACGAUGUCUCGUACUACGCUCUCUCUUGUCCACCUUUCAUCACAAACCGAGACUUCGUCCUGCAGAGCUCCUGGUUGAACAAAAAAGACGAGAAGCUCAUCUUGAACCACUCUGUAUGUCACAAAGACUACAAGUUAAAGAAAGGUUACGUUAGAGCAAUUUCUUACAUAACAGGAUACGUUGUUAGAAGAAUCGAUGGUGGCUCCUUCAUAGGGUACAUCUCGCAGUCAGACCCUGGAGGAAAACUUUCCCCAUGGAUAGUGAACCGCAUAGCGCACAUCGUCGCUCCGAAGAUCGUGGAAAAUGUGCGAAAAGCCGUCGACGGUUACGCAGAAUGGAAGAAAGCCCAACCGAAUCCGACAUUCAAGCCAUGGCUGAACCCUGAACAUGCUCUACUUUCGCCCCAGGUCCGCAUCACAGAUUGUGUUCCAUAAUACGAUGAUGAAGUCGUCACCAGCUAUGAACAGACUCACUGCUAAUGAAAUCUCUGUGCCCGUUUAAUAUUAAAGGCCUAACUAGCGA